UGAGCGGAGCGCUAGCCUAACGUAAUGUGAGAUUAGUUUCUCCAGUCACAAUAUAUUUUAUUACACUUAACGUAGAAAAUUGGAUAAUUUGUCCUCUUAAUUGAAGUAUGUUUUAACCAUUCCAUUGUAUGCAGCAGUUAGUAACCAACAUGGUAGAGCCAUCAACGCACAAGUUUGUGUCCCUUGAGGAAGAGCUGGUGUUCUGGAAGGAACAGUCACACAGACAUCAACAAAGAGCGGACGAGGCUCAGGAGGAGCUGCAGGAGUUUCAGCAGAUGAGUCGAGACUAUGAGGCGGAGCUGGAAGCAGAGUUGAAGCAGUGUGAAGGUCGAAACAAAGAGCUGCUCUUGGACAACAACCGGCUCCGCAUGGAACUAGAAAGUAUCAAGGAGAAAUUUGAGGCCCAGCACUCUGAGACUUUCAGGCACAUGUCAACCCUGGAGGAAGAUCUGGCAGAGACCAGAGCUGUUCGAGAUCACCUGCAGAAAUACAUCAGGGAGCUAGAGCAGUCCAAUGAUGACCUGGAAAGGACCAAAAGGGCUACCAUCAUGUCUUUGGAGGAUUUUGAGCAGCGGAUGAACCACGUCAUUGAGAGAAAUGCCUUUCUGGAAAGUGAACUCGAUGAGAAAGAGAACCUGCUUGAGUCUGUUCAGAGGCUCAAGGACGAAGCUAGAGACCUCCGGCAGGAGCUGGCUGUGCGACAAAAAGAAAGGCGGCCGUCCAGCAGCUUGGGCAAAGACCUGGAUCGUCCAGAUCUGCCAUGCCCUGCAGGCAACAACCCAUCUGUCCCUGUCACACCCUCCAAACCAAUCGGCUCAUUUGCAACACCCCCUGCUUCCAGCAUCCGCCGAGGUGAUGGAUUGACAGGGACCCCUCUGACUACAUCUGCCCGGAUAUCUGCACUUAACAUCGUAGGGGAGCUGCUUAGAAAAGUUGGAAAUCUGGAGUCUAAGUUGGCAUCAUGUCGAGAUUUUGUAUACGACUCCUCUACCACCAGACCUGCCCUUUUACCUGGGCCUAGUAGUCCCUCAGGUUUAGAAGGCGGUUCUGAGGUCCAGGCAAGCAGCAUGAGCCCUCCUCCUCAGUACGACAGUUUAGUGAAGCGGUUAGAAUUUGGACCAGCUCCUCCGAGGGGGAUCUCUCAGGGUGCCCAGUCUCCACAGGGAGGAGUCAAGAUCCUGCUAUGAGAGGAAAUUCUGCGAGCCAUGUCCUUCCUGCAGUAACCCCGAUCCUGUCCCUGUCUUCCUCCUUGCUUCGUGAUAAAUCUACAGCACUGAGACUCUGAGCUGGGCUGUCUUCCCUUGUCGCUGCUUGCCCUGCUGAACUGUUUGAACUGUCCUCACUUUGUGCUCCACAUAAUCAGUGCAUGGACUACUGCUGUUUCAAGCUAAAACCACAUCAUAUCACUGAAUGCAGUGCUACAGCUUGUGUAAAAAAAUUCUGUAGAUCUAGCUGCACACACUUUAACAUUCUUGCCGUUGUGGGUGAGUAGCAUCUAAACUGAUUUGUCCUAUUUACGUUCCAUGGUGGGUCAAGCACAAUGUAGCGUCGUCACUGCAUUAUCCACUGAUUAUGAUAUAGGGACCCAAAUUAAUGCCCGUCGUGUUUAUUGCCGGCAUUAGAAGUGACCACAGUAUAGAGACCAAGAAAUAUCCUUUAUCUAAAGGUUCAAUUGUGCACAUUCUCUGUCCAAACCAAAGCUGUGAUGACUGGAAAAACUGAUCCAACAUAAAAGCAUUGGUUUAUGUUUUGUUUAAGGGGAAAUCUGAUAUGAAAAGUGUGUGGAAACACCAGUUAUUAGUGCGUAUAUGUAUGUGCUUGAUCUAUGGGCUCAAAGAGUCUAGUAAUAGACAGUAUUGGCAUCAUUUUAGUCAUUUUAGUUCACAAAGGCUAAGAUUUGGAUGAGCUAGAUGCUUUUAGUCUGACCAGGAUGAUCCCUUAGUAACGUCUUUUUUUUAGAUUAGAGUUGAUGAUCUUCACUGCCUCAGGACCCUUAACUGCUACAAAGCGAAUUUAGUAAUAAAUGAGUAACUGUCUGCCAGAGGUUGGUGUUAGUCUUUAAGCCAUUGCUGCCUUCAUUGACAUUAUUGUUACCUCCUUAGCUUAUAGACUUUGCUUUGCUGUGAUUUUGUGACUG